AUGAAGUUCUUAAUUGCCCUAGUGUGGACAUUCUGCUAUGCGUCGGCUGUUUCCUACGGGAAUUGGGAAAAUGUGUACUUCACACGUACCCUUGAUCUCAAAAAGGGUUACGUCAAAGAAACUGAUGUUGUUCAAAUCAAGAACUUGGACGAUAAACCCCAAGAUACCUACUAUUUCCCACUUAGUGAUGGAAUUGGUGAAAUCACCAAGCUCUCCGCCUUCAUUGCCACGUUCCUUGACCAAGUGGUGAUCCUUGGAAGUGAAUUGGUUGAGAUUGAAGAGUUGGAAGGAAAGGCUCUCACAUACAAAUUGACCCUCCCAGCUCCUGUAGCUCCAGGUUCAACGGUUGACAUUAAGGCUCGUUACGUCUACACCUCAGGAUUGUCUCCAUUGCCAGCCAAAAUCGAAAUGAAAGACGUUCAGCACAUUCUCUUGACCUUGAACAAGUAUGCCUACUCUCCAUACCAGACCAACCAAUACCAAUUGGUCUUCACUGGAAUCACCAAGGGACAAGAAAUGGAUGUGAUUGAUGGAUCUGACUCUGAGCAAGAGCCCGACAAUCUUCCAAAGGAUUUCAAGCCUAGAAUUGAAGACAAGUCCUUGGUAUAUGGUCCUAUUUUCGAGCUGUUACCUCCAUUCACUGUCAAAUCUAUGGGAUUAUUGUAUGAACAUAACAGACCAUUGGCCAAAGCUUACAACUUGGAAAGAUCCAUCUGGAUCCCAGCUUCAAACUCCGAUAAGGUAUCUAUUGAAGAAUACUACGAAUUAACCAAUGCAGGUGCAGAGUUGAGUAACGGGUUCCUGAGGGUAGACUGGAUGCAAGGAAGAUACGAAUCCACCAGAAACCACUGGGCUCUCUCUCAAUUGGAAGUUAAAUUACCAGAUAACAUAGAAUCUGAGGGUAUUUACUACACUGACAAAGUCGGACAAGUCGAUACUUCUAAGGAGUACCAAGGUUACUUAGUAUUGCAACCAAGAUACCCACUUUUCGGAGGUUGGAACUAUAACUUUACCAUUGGAUGGUACAACCCUUUGAGUGUGUACCUCCAUAAGUUGACCGAACAGGAAGACACUUAUAUGGUUAAAUUCCCAGUGUUAAGUACUAUACAAGACAUUUCCUACGACAACGUCAAGGUCAACUUCUAUUUACCAGAAGACUCCGAGUUUGUCGGUGUGUCUUCAGCCAUUGAUUACGAAAGCAUUGAAGUUGGUAAUGAAUUGUCUUACUUUGAUGUCUCCGGUGGACACGUCAAAGUUACAUUAACCUUCAAGAACUUAAUCGAUGAUUUGAGUAAGGUCGAUUUAUUCGUGCAGUACAAGUACACUGCCGCGAGCUACUGGUUGAAGGUAUUCAAGAUCUCAGGAUUUGUAUUUACCGGGUUAAUAAGUUAUUAUCUUUUAAGAUUAAUUGACAUAUCGAUUGAAAAGAAAUAA